CUCUGCAGGACCGCGGCAUGCAGAACAUCAUCGCCAGGAACGGGCUGGAGACCCCAGAGCCGCUGAAGGCUGAGGUCAAAGGGUCGGUGCCGCUGUGGCUCCGGGGCACUCUGGUGCGGAACGGACCCGGACUUUUCUCGGUGGGGAACUCCGAGUACAACCACUGGUUUGACGGCCUGUCGCUGAUCCACAGCUUCACCUUCCACAACGGGGAGGUAAUGUACCGGAGCAAAUACCUGAAGAGCGAAACCUACAAGAGGAACGUGAAGGCCGAUCGGAUCGUCGUGUCUGAGUUCGGCACCAUGGUUUACCCCGACCCCUGCAAGAACAUCUUCGCCAGGGCAAUGACGCAUUUCCGCAACAUCAUCCCAGAUUUCACAGACAACAACCUGAUCAACAUCAUCCGCUACGGUCAGGACUACUACGCCUCCUCUGAGGUCAACUACAUCAACCAGGUCGACCCGUUGACCCUGGAGACGGUGGGCCGGGCCAACUACAGGAACCACAUCGCUCUGAACCUGGCAACCGCUCACCCUCACUACGACAAGGAGGGCAACACCUACAACAUGGGAACCGCCAUCAUCGGCCUCGGACGGCCCAAAUACAUCAUCUUCAAAGUGCCAGCAAACGCCUCAGAUAAAGACCCCAAGAAGCCGGCUCUGAGAAAGGUUCAGCAGAUCUGUUCAGUUCCUUUCCGAUCCACUCUGUAUCCGAGCUACUUCCACAGCUUCGGCAUGACCGACAACUACAUCGUGUUUGUGGAGCAACCCUUCAAACUGGACAUAGUGAAACUGGCAACCGCCUACUUCAGAGGGGUCAACUGGGGGAGCUGCCUCAAAUUUGAUGAGAAAGACAGUACGUUCUUCCACGUCAUCAACAUAAAGACAGGAAAGGUGAAAUCUCUUCGCUACUGCGCCGAUGCUCUGGUGGUUUUCCAUCACAUCAACGCCUACGAGGAUGACGACCACGUCGUGUUUGACAUCAUCGCCUACAGUGACAGCAACCUGUACGACAUGUUCUACCUCCACAACAUGACCAAAGAAACGGACAACUUCAUUCAGAGCAACAAGGAGUUCUCGCCGCCGGUCUGCCAGAGAUUCGUCCUGCCGCUGAACGUCCACAAGGAUUCCCCCAAAGGAACCAACUUGGUGACCCUGACGGACACGACAGCGCAGGCGGUGAUGCAGGACGACGGAUCGAUCUACUGCAAACCCGACAUCAUCUUUAAAGGGAUGGAGCUGCCGGGGAUUAACUACAACUUCAACGCCAGGAAGUACCGCUACUUCUACGGCUCCAGGCUGGAGUGGUCCCCUCAACCCAACAAGAUCGCGAAGGUCGACAUCGUCACCAAGACGCACGUCGAGUGGCAUCAGGAGAACUGCUACCCGUCAGAGCCGGUGUUCGUCGCCUCUCCGGGCGCGGAGGAGGAAGACGACGGAGUCAUCCUGUCGUCCAUCGUUUCCUCAGAUCCAAACGUUUCUCCGUUCCUGCUCAUCCUGAACGCCAAAACGUUUGAGGAGGUCGGCCGGGCCGCCAUCCCGGUCCCGGUCCACAUGGACCUUCACGGACUCUUCAUUCCCGCCAAAUCAUAAAAUAUCAGCAAAACCUUUGGUUUUAAAGCAGAUAGUUACUAUUGAAAUGAAAAUGAAUGGUUUUAUUUUCCUUGUUUUUGGUUUGUGCCCAAAUCUGACUGAUUUUACUGGGAUUUAGUCAUAAAGCAACAUCUGGAGUCGUAUUUAAGUCCUGUGUUUUCUGCAUAACAUGAAUAUCUUGGAUAUUUUAAGAUACAUUAAUUUAUAAAACAGUAUCUGAGAUAAUAAACUAAGUGAUGAACUUCACCAGUUUGUACUGGGAACCAUUAAGAGUCUGAACUGGACUUGAAUGACCAAAACAUCAGUACCUGAUGGAGUCCUGUCAUGAUCAUUUGCCACCAGCAGAGGGCGCUCCGCCAGAUGAUGUCACACGGCUUUUUCAGGAAAAUACAAACAGGAGAGUUAAAAAUUGUAAUCAUAUUUUAGACCAAAUGUCAGAUAUUCUGAUUUCACUGAAAAUAGUCAAACUUUCUCCACAGUACUUACAUUUAAUUCCACGUUUUCCAAAAGUGGAUUUAAUUUAUAUUUUCCUACUGAUCCAUAAAUUUUUAACUGAUCAUCAUUUGCUUUCCGUCGGCUGUUGACCUGAGGGAGGAAGGGGUGUUAUACAUUUAAACUAAAAACAUUAGAGCACAGAAAAUGUUUUAGAUGUUUUUGUGGUUCCAGUUUGGGAAUCAGAAACUGAACUGUAAGGAAUACAGAAUAAACUUCAUUUAACAAUCAAAACACAGAGAAUUAAAUCAACUGAAGUCAAAGAGGCGACAGGAAAAACAGAUUCUACUGAUUUGAGUUAAUAAAAUCAGGUUAAAGACA